AUGUUGUCAAAUAGGUUUCCAUAUCUCAUCAAUAAUAAGAAUUAUCAGAAGAUAUGUAAGUUUCAAUCAACAUUCAGUCGUGCGUCUUUCAAAGCUGGUGAUAAAAUAAGAAUACAGAAAACUUUGACACAGAAAGAUCUGGAUACAUUCUCGAAUUUGACGAGUGAUCAUAACUAUCUACAUAAGAAUAACGGCAAUAAAAGACCAAUAGUUCAUGGGGCGUUUUUGAAUGGACUUGUCGCUGGGUUGAUCGGAACCCAUCUGCCUGGACCUGGCACUGUGUUAGUGUCACAGACAAUGAAAUUUCCUAAUAAAUGCUUUGUCGGAGAGAAGCUGACUAUAAGUGUGGAACUGGUUGAUGUUAGGAAAAUACUAAAGGUUAAAUUUUUCUGUAUUGUCGAAGAAGAAAAAAAGGUUGUGUUUGAAGGUGAAGCAAAGUUGAUGCUCGCUAAAGACUGUUAA